AUGGCUCUGGAUGAUUUCCAGCAAUUGUACGGAGAGGAUGGAGUCAUGCCUGUUACACAGCCCAAGACUUCCAAGGCUUCCAAGCCCGCAGUGGUCCGCAAGAAAUUUGCAAAGCCGCCAGUCAAAGUAGCAUGUCUCGCGUGUCGUGCUUCAAGAACACGGUGUGAUGGGCAGGACCCAUGUACAAAUUGUCUUAGCAAGAAGCGGAAGUGCUCCUAUCUGCCCAGUAAACGGGGAGGUCCACGCAAGAAGAAGAAGCCUUCGAUCUCUUCAGAUGAGGCUGUUCAGCAAGAUGAGGAGCAGAGCGCCAUGAUCACCCCGCCCUCUUCCGGGUUCAAUGAUGACUCGCCGGAGAUGUUUGGCCAAAUUGAUGUGCUAUCGAUUCCCGGAGCAGGUCUUAGAAGCUUGGACUUCCCGUCCGAUAUGUUCACUGAUCUGUUUGUCCCUCACGCCGAGAAUGCUAUCCCUGUGCAAAUUGAGCCAAGUUCGUCACCAUCGAAUGUCCCAUCGCGGUCCCUGGUCAGGACAUACGGCAGUGAGACAGACAUUUUGAGUGCUUACUACGAAUUUAUUCAUAAUUAUUUCCCGAUACUUCCGCCGAGGUGCACGCCUCGCAUUCCGGAUCGACCUUUGGACUGCGUCGGAUCAUUCACGGAGUCACCUUCAGAAGAACCUGUGAUACCCUACCGGCCCCAGUCUCCUCUCAGCAAUGCGCUUUCCGCGAUUUUAGCCCUAGUACCGCACCCGAAUGACCUGGAACCAUCGAGUCCAGCCUCCGUAGUCCGCCGCAGAACAUAUGCCCAGACGUUUGCGCAAAUGGCGAACCUGAGCAUCGAGUCUGACUGCGAGCUUCGCGCCUCAACUACCGACCCUGCGCAGGCGCUAUCCAACGAUCGGCCUUCCAUUGACCGAGCUCCGCUUCAUCCUCAAGCACCUGUGGAACUCGAGAGCAUUUUGGCGCUCCUCGUUCUUUCGGUCUACGAGUACACUCAACGAGGAAAUCUGUUGAAAAUGCGAUAUCGUGCCGGGCAAGCCUUAUCAAUAGCAUUGGAUAUGUCUCUCCAUUCACUCAGCGAUGACUACGAUGAGUUUGCAGAAGCUCGAAGAAGAGCUUGGUGGAUGACGUAUUAUUGCGUCCUCCAAGGUUCUAUUGUCAGCGCUACGCCGCUCUCCAUCGUCGCCAACGAUCCCCAGUUCGUCACGCCAUACCCACGCUUCGCCGCCGAUCCAGAUGGGUGGUCCGUCUUGAUCCAAGCACAACAAGUGCUUGUAUCGGCAACUCAAUUUGUCGUGGAUCUGAAUAAAUGUGUCUCAACUAGAACCAACCUGCAAUACGUCUUUGAAAGAAUGCAGCAACUCGACUCUUGGGCAAACUCCGCACUAGCGCAGUCAAACUUACUCCCUAUAGUCCCCCAGACCAUGGCUUGCGACUUGGAGUCCACUACGGCUCAGAGUAUACGCGCAAUCUCGCGCAUCAAGCUUUCGAGUGCACAAAUCAAAAUACACCGCUUCAGAGCGUUCUCGGAUAUACCCAUCUUCAUCAGGAAGCAUUGCGACCUUAGCGCGGCUACCACCAACCACCCUGUACUAGCCGACACUGUCAAAAGCCCAGCGACGCAAGACGGCAUCACCCAAGUUGGAUGCUCCUGCAGUAGUCUCGACAUGUUCCAACCGGCCUCCUCUGAAUAUACUCCAUCUUCCGCGUCGUCGACAUCGUCCGACUUUUCCUCACUACCCCAGUACUCAUUCACCAAUGGGUUCCCGUACAGCAGCCAGCAUUCCGCUAAAAUAUGUCUCCGGGCGUCUCUUUUGAUCUCACAAAUGUUCCACUGCCUCCCCAUUCCGCAGCCGCUCUACGAUGACCGCCAGUCUGGACAAGGCCUCCAGCUCCUUCCAAACCCGCUCCCGCGGACCAUGCCUUCGUUUGCGUGCUGCCUCAUGCAAGGCAGUUACGCCAUGUUGAUGAUUUUCUACAAGGCACGCGUCGAGAAGCAGAUGACCCCGGACUAUGGUGGCAGCAACAUGACCAGCCCGUCUGACCGACUGAUCGAGGAGAUCCGGCAGGGACUGAAGCGGAUCAUCGCCACGGCAAUUAACUACGCGAUUGCUUUUGAGGCGUUGGACGGCAUGAGAGACGAAAUUGAGGGUGCAUACCACACGGCGUUUAUCCAAGCAUGA